AUGUGUCAGCACGUUGAUUCUUUGACAACCGUUUUAUGUGAUCAACAAUCGUACACAUUAUGUCCACAUUGUUCUCAAAAACUAUGUCUUGAUCAUAUAAACGAUCAUCAGUUGAUAGUUAAAGAAAACCUUGCAAUGACCGUUGAUUGUACAAAUGUUGUAAAAAUGAAAUUAGAUGAUUUUAAUGAAAUUAAUGAAAUGAAAUUUAAUGCACUUCAAAAUCUUGACACGUGGAAAAAAGAAAUGGCAGAAUUUAUUACAAAAGUUCAUGAUGAAAGUGUAGAAAAAAUUACGUUUUGUUAUCGCCCUAUAUAUGGCCCUUAG